AGUUGACAGGAAGCGUGACGGCUGAUUGGUCGACGCUGUGUGCGGGACGGUCGCUGUAGCGCAUUCCAAUGUGAGCAGAGAUGUAACCGCUGUGCGGACUUUAUGUUUCCCAGCCGUGUUCAGCCGCAAUUUCAAGGAAUAAAAUGUCCAACUUGAAGGAGGCCAGCACUUGUCCUGACGGCUACAGGGCUUUAAGCGCGAGUGAGCUGAGGGAGCUUUUACAAAACGACGACAAAAUGGACCAAAUCAUUCGCCUCAAUGAGAAGUUUCAGGAGCUCCAGUUUGACAGGGAGAUGCUGCUGACCUCUAACCGGAGUUUGGCCGAAGAGAGCCUCGCUCGGCGACCUCGCCUUAAUAACGGCAAACUCCAACUGGCGGAGAAAUACCGGGAACUGUCCAACCUGGCAACCACAUGCUGGGAAAAACAGAGUCAGCUUGAGGCUCAUGUGCAGAAGCACAGCCUGCAGACGGCGCAGAACCUCCUGCAGGAAGAGGUGGCACGUGCAGAGGAGCAUUCAGAGGAACUCCUGGAGAAGUUCAUGGGGGGAAACGUAAGCCUGGACGAGUUCUUGGACUCCUUCCAAAGCUCCAGGAAGACGUAUCACAUCCGCCGGGCUCAGGCAGAGAAGAUGCAAGAGGUCUCUCAGGCCAGGAAGCAGCAGGGGAAAACCAAGAGAGCGGAGGAGUGCAAAGCCCCGGAGGUAAAGGACUCGGAAAAGCCGCAGGAGCCUCAGCGGCCGAAUGGCUUUAUAGCGCAGGGACCUCUUAGAGUGUUCCAAGUACGCUAUGGCCUCACGCCUGCCAUUCUACUCCCUCAUUACCCUGUUUCCCCGCCCGCCUCGGCGCCAUGCCUUCAAAGUAGCGCCCCCACUGCUGAGCCCCAGCUGGGACAGACCCACAUCCUCAGCCCCAGUGCCCCACUUCCAGGACACGGCCACGCGGUGGGCCUCAGGGUUAUCGGACAGCUUUCGGGAGGCUGGCCGGCUAACGGGCGGCCCGUGCGAGUGCAGCAGCUUUACAGGCCGAACCCUCAACAGCCCGAACCGCCGUACCGAUAAGCCGGAGGAGGAGGAGCAAGGGGAGGAUGAAAAGCCGACUCGAGAGGUCUUCCGAGACGUUGGAAGCAAACGGUGGCUGUCACAAUCAUGUAAGCAAAGACUGAUCGAGAGACAGGCAGCGCUGCAGACGUCUGUUUCUGUUCUCCAUCCAUGACACACAAACGUAACACAUCGAGGGAAGGCGAGCAGAGGGAGCGAGGCAGGGAGGGCUAGGGAUGGGCUGUGAUAGCUGGUAAACAAAUCUCUCAUUAAGCCUUUUUUUAUUAAAGAACAACAAAAGCAUAAAGAGGAGCUGGCUGCAGAUUCAGCUGGAGGAAAACAUGAUUUGAUGGAGGCUGAAAUGAAAACUUUGGUGUUUGUUCAAAGUUUUAGCUUCACACUCAAACAUUUUCAGAUUCUUAUCCAAAACCUCUCAUACUUUGAUUUUUUUGUGCCAAACUUUCUAACCCUGUGAGAUACAAGUAGCCUAACUCCGUUUUAAAGAAAAAACUAACAAUAAUUUGUUUUCUGGGUUUUUUUAAGCGUGAUAGUUGGUAUAUUUGUUUUUCUCCCACCUGCUGGGACUGGGGAGAACAAUUUUUCACAGGCCCUGACGACUUGGAGAUCUACCCGAGUCACUUGAGCAAAUGCAGAAGUUUGCAAGAAAUCGCUAGAUCGAAAUCGGAGAGCCUGAAACAAUUAAAAAAAUGUGCCAUCAACACAGCUGUGUUAGAAAGGUGGAUGUUAGGAGCUUCUCCCCUUCACAGCCACAGGAAUGAGUCUUAAACCUGGAAUUGAGUUUUCACUUCCGGUUCUUCUUAGCUGAAAUUAAGGCCCGUGUUUUACUUGACCUUUAGACUUUUUCCUCGUCUUGUUCCACAACAUAAAAGAUGCCAGUAAAUAGUCCACUCGUGGAUUCUGUGGAAGGGCACCAAACACCCAGCGAGCUUUAUCGGUGAUAAUGUGCUGUUAAAUCUUUUAUAGCCUAAGAUUAUGUUGCUCAAUAAAACAUGAGCUUUUCUCUGUUACAAAUCAUAUUUUUCUGGCUUUUUUGGUUAUUGAGGCACAUGCAGCGACAUGAACUUCCAGCUUGGCCUGCAAAUUAUGUCGUCUUUUCAACUUUCUGUAAAAGAAAUGUCUGAGAAAUAGAGCCAGCAGCAGAGCAGAGGGCGAUCGUGGAUAGAGACCUGCAGGAAGAACACAAGCACCAGUUAAAGUGUGAUAUUCGAUAUUUUAAACUCUGAUUCGUGCUGAAGCUUGCAAACAACAUCAGUAAAAAUAAUCCCAACUAAACAGGCAUACAGUCCAGUCCAGUUUCAUGAAAGCUGUGUUAGCGUCAUGUAGUUAUAUUCUCGUAUUUACCUGCCAGACUUGUUCAAGUUCAGCUCAGAUGGGUGUUUUUAUCCCCAGUGAUCCAGGCCACUCGUGAAUUUCGCUUAUAAACAAACAUAUUUAUACGAGAGGCCGUUCUCUCACCUCUGCAACACGCCAGCAUGGAGUCGGUGCUGUUUUUUGCCUCGCUAAAUCACCCCGAGCGUUUUAGAAUAGCUGGUGAAGUACAGUAGCCUGCAGCUUUUAAUUAAAUGUGUCACAUACAUUUAAUUAAUAUUUCAUACUUUAUGCUGCUCGGCUCAUGUUUAUUUAAUCAAGCUGCCACUAAAAACAGCAGCUUUUCGUUACUGGAGAUUUGACACUUGAAACGCUAUCGAACCCCAUCCCUAGUGAGAGUUUUUUAUUAUUAUUUUAAUAUAUUUCAAAGAGAUCGAGGUGAAGCACAGAGUUGCGAAGCACAUCUACAAGCCGGGCGAGGCGGACGAGGAUGUCGUCGUUAAUUUGUACAGCCGAGGACGGCCGGAGAUGCUCUGUCACCGACGUGAACGAUGACAUCAAUAAAGUGGCGUUUAAUAUGAACUUCGUCAUCCGUCGCCUCGUCAAAUAAAGCGAUAUUCAUUCUUGGCGACCUCCGUCAGGAGCUCGCCGCCGAGCAAAGUUUGAACAAAGGCGCAGCGCAGACCGGAGCAGGUGGUAUUUAUUAAUAAUUCCCAGACUUGAACCUCGCAGUGUUAUUUGCAGUGUCAUGUGUGUUAGAAUCACAGACGAUUACCCAAAGCCUUCUGCCUCACAUCAGUGAGCGAUUUAUUUAUUCAUGUAAAUCCUAUUUUAAAUGGCUGACUUCAAAGCUUCUUGUUUACCGUGCUAAAUGAGGAGCUGCUUCUCCUUUUCAAAGCAGCCCGCUGUUUUCUUUUUUGUUGUUGUUGUUGUUUUUUCCUCUCUCCCUCAAACUGAGCUGCAGAGUGAGGCAGACUUGAUCUCUAUGAGAAUGCGAGCCCUCAGUAAAAUGAGAGGAGGUUUGGGAGGUUUCCUUCUUCAUUUUCUCGUCACGCCAUUUUGCAUCAUUUAAAGGAGGGGAAAAGCUUUGCAUUGUAGUUGUAAUGACUCUGCUCUUCAACAUACAUUUCGCUCAUGAAUUACUCAUAAGUACGUGCUUACUAAAGCCUGACGAAGUACAUGAAAAUGCCUUUUUACAGCCCGGCGCCCAGUUACAUGAAACGUGUCACGGUAUGGGAAGAGUUGUUAUAACUUAAGUGGUGUAUUGGAGGAAACACUGUUAGAUGCGAGAGAAGUGUGAAUGGAUUCCAAGGCUCUGAGUUCUUUAACCUUCAAGUGACCGAGUGCUGUGUAUUUAUACAUGUGUGGGAAAACAUGUUCAUCCAUCUACUUCUGCAACUUUUCAUUGUUCUUUAUGGGAGCUGGUGCUGCACAGAUGAUGUAGAGUUCUGUUUUUUAACGUUUUUUGUUAGAAUUUUUCACUUUUAAUCUCCACAUAUUUUUUUUUUUUUCUUGUUGCAGCAACCCAUAGCUACUACUAGUAACUUGCAUUUUUUUUAAGUGGAUAAAAGUGAUUUAAAACCAUAAUUAUUAUUAAUUAUUAGAAAAUUUCAUCACAGGUCAAGGAAACCCCACAAACUUGGACAGAGCCGUACAAAAUGUGUUCCCAUGUAGUUAAGAGCUUGGUUGCUUGAGGGUUAAAGGUUGUGUGUUUUGUUUUUGUUUUUUACAUCUUUUACAUUAUUUUUUGUGUUUUUGCACAUCAUUUCUGUCUGCUAGCAUUCAGAUCAAAAAAGUCGACUCCUGAGAUCUGAAAACAGUUUUAUCUCACUACAGAGAAGCAGGAAUGUUGUGGUGUGUUUGGGGUAAAGGCAAAGCAAAGUUUGCACGGCGGGACCGAUUGUCGCACAUUUACACCCUGUAGUGCACAGAGAGGCGAAAAUACGUUCUUGUAUGUUUGUAACGGGCAUGUGAGCGAUUAAUCAACUAGAUCGCUGUACAACAGGAUUUGCCUGCUGGUUUUCAAGGGGCGUCCACCCAGGAAGCGACUAGCAGCAACGUCACUGCGACCAGAAACCAUAGAAAGCCACUCACACUUAGAGAUACCAGAUUAAAACUUUUCUAGGCUUUGCAGUGAAGGCAAAUUGAAGCAAGUACCAAUAAGAGUAAAGGAUACUGUUGGUUAACAUGAGGAGGUGGUACAUGCAGCCGGAGCCUUCGUUCGACCCCUCCCAUGUGUUCUCCUGAUGCCACAAGUGAUCAGAAAUUAUCGUUUGUGAGCAGCUGAAGAUUCUCUUUUAUAUAAAGACAGAAAAAAGGGAGGGAUCUGUAUCUGCUGCAGUCUGGAUAAAAGUAGUUAUCAACAUUUUUUUUAAAAAAGUGCUAAAGAGACUUCAUUCAUGAGGCAAAACCUCGCUUUGCACUUACUCUGAACACACCAUUAGACUCAAAAUGUCUGGGUAAAAAAUACCUGUCAUUGCUUUAAGAGUGCAGACACCUUUUGUAUCCUGAGAUCUUAGUGGGGGGUUUUUUUUUUAAUGGUUUAAAAGGUUUGCUUUUGUAUUCCUGCUAUUAAAACUUGCAGAUGGCGCGUUACCUCUGAUCUAAAUGAACCCGCCUUUUCUCUGCCUUUUCAUUUUAAUGUUUGACUUUUAUGAACUAAUGUGUGUGUCUGUUUGUUGUUUCCACGUGUCUGUGUUUCUGUUUGUUUUUUAAUGCUGUUUGUGUUUUUAUUUAUUGUUGGGAAAAACAAUAAAGUAAAUGCAACAGACGAGAAGUCGGAGAAAAACACGAGCAGUUACUCUGUUUUAACCUCGCGCGUUCACGGGUCUUAUUUUGUUGUUGUUGAUCGAUAAAAAUCGUGGGAAUAACUCAGAUUUUAUUUUAAAGUCUGUGUUCAGGUGUUCAAACAUCCAGAACGAUCGGAAAACAGAAAAAAAAAAAUGCUUUUUUUAAUUUCAUUUAAAAUAUUUAAAAGAUGGACCCACCUAAAACCAGGAUUCUGUUUUGAUUUUUGACUGGAUGAAACUCGCCUCGUCUUUCCAUUACUCUUAUUUUUUUUCCACAUCUGAUUUCAUGCCUUGGGCCACACUAACUUAAAUGAUGAAGUAUCCUGUUAAUGUGCAAAAAUAAAACUAAUAAAUCACAAAUUCCUUAAUAAUUAGAAACUUUUUUAAAGAUGCUGAUAUGCUUUUGUUUCGAGUUGAGAUAUUAAUCAAAUGUCUCUAUGAUCAAUAUAAAGGAGAUGGUUUAAUCCCUCUCUGCUGUUUUUCCUCCACAACUAAGAAUAUGGAAAAGCCUGAACAGUUGAAAUGUAACUGGGCGCUGGCUCCAACAAACAUGCAGUUGUGUGUCCACUCAGGGUCUUUUUUUGGGGGCGGGGCAAAGUGGUGCUGCUUGUUGAGCUGUAGCACAGAUGGACCCAUGGUGACCCCGAACUUGAAGCCAUGGACCUCAUGUUGCCCCUUUUUAUGGCAGUGGUUCUCAAACUGUGGGGCGUGGAUGUCCAGAGGGGACGUAUGGAGUGAAACUAAAUCAGGAUGAUUUUUGUAGAGAAAAUGGAAGUAUAGUAGUGUAUAGUUUGUUCUGAUGUUCAGAUUUCUACUUGAGUUUCUGGACACACAUUAUAAUUUUUAAAUAUUGUAUCUGUUUGGGUUUUUUUUAACAUUUCUGUAGGUUUUCACCUUUAAUUUUUUUUUUCCCAAUGUAAUUCUACCGACAAAUUACAUAAUACAAAACACCAACAAUUAAUAUUUUUCACUCUUAAAGGGUGAAAAACUCAACAUUUGAAGUUGUCCGCUGUAGCUUGUGACAUGGGGGCGUGGGCAUUUUGAAGAUGGGCAUGCCAUAAAAGGUUUGAGAACCACUGCUUUACCAGAUCCCCCAUCCAUAACCAGAGCAACGAUACCAAAUCACCUCCAAGCACAUCCCAUAGUUGCAGUAAGAUUCUGGGGCUUCAGAGGCUUAAAGCCCCCCUUUUUUUUUUUUUUCUCCCCCCCCCUGUCUGUCUGAAUCCCCUCAACCCUCCAAAUUCACUGGGAUUUUAUUCAUGCUGAUGAUUUGUGUAAGACUGGCUGCUUAAUGUGUUUGGAGAAUCCUCAAAAACGAUGUAAAGUGCUUGUUUCUGAGCCCGUGCUUUUGUUUGUUUGGUCUGUUUUUAUUGUGUGUCUCUUUUCUAACUCGGACUCAUCCCAGCAGCCUUUCCAAAAAAAACAAACAACAAAAAAGAGGAGUAAUAAAACAGAUAAAUGAAUGUCUCUUUAUAAUUUAAAUUAUGAGCCAAACGGCCUCAAAACAUUUCAGAUGAUUUGCAUCGCAGCAUCCGCAAUGGAGGAGCCGUGGCUGCAGACGCCCGCACCAGAUGAUUAUGAGUGACGUCAAAGCUGAUCAGUGCCACAGUGAGUGAAGAUGAGCUAAUAAUAUCCAAGUUGAGUCAUUUACAUGCCUGCAUCAGCUUAUGGUACAGUACGGUGUGUUUGACUGGAUUCAUGUGGCUGUCAGAAGCACUCAAAGAGCUGAAAGCUGUAAAUGCACCUUACUGAGGGAAAAAAAUUAGUGUGCUUUAAAAAACUUCUUCCUUUGAGUGAUUUCUGAGGGUCUUUUACUUUUCAAAAUAAAAUGACAGCAGAAGCCUCAUAUUUAAACUGUGGGAAUACACAACAAAGCAUGUCAACUCCCACAGCAGGGGAACAGAUGAUGAUUCAGAUACUGAAUCAUUACAUUCAUGUUAAAGGGCAACAUGCCAUUAAAAGUCCCGAGUCUGGGAGAAAAGCUGUGCCAUUUCUGUAAAUACGUUUUGUCAUUUGAGUCCAAGCUUGCUUCGUAAAAUCUCCAGAGCAGGUUUUGUGCUGCACACCACAUGGCUUUAAUGUGCUGUGACGGCUACUUUCCAACCCAAAAUAAUUGAGCUGAACGAUCUAAAGACACAAUUUGAUAUUUUCCAGCCUCUCUGGAAGCUUUCAAGUCGCAGCAGCUUGUCAAAGAUGGAAACGUUUCAGUCCCCGGCGUGAUGGAUGGAGCUGUGACGUUUCAACGUUAUGUUAAACAGAAGUUUCUUGCAUGGAUGCGGAAAUCCAGACUGUUUCUUACAGUUGGAAGUGAGUCCUUACUUUGAGUUGUUCACAGAAAGUUAAGUAGGUUACAAGCACACAGGAGAAGUCAAGUAUACCUCAGAGCUGCACAGAGGAAACAGGAAAAACAUUCAAAAAAUGACUAAAAAUAAACGAAACCAAAAAACCCAACUGGGAAGUAGUAGAGCGACAGUGGUUCCCAACAUGUAGGUCAGAACCCCACACGUGGCUACAGUUGAGGGGUCCUGAGGUAAUAAAAGCCAAACUGUAAGUGAAAGGAACGAUUCUCCCACUAAACAAUUAGUUUGAAAUGCCAUAUAAACAUCAGGUUUCACUGUCUCGCUCUUAAGGGUUUGGUACCAAAACAUCCUGUUUUAGAAUAGUACAAGGUAAUAGUUCAGGUUAAAAAGCACCUGGUUUGUAAGAUACCAGGAUAGUGGGUUUCACACUUGUUCAUCUUAGAUGUAUUUAUUGACAUAGCCACUUAACAUCUCCAUAAUGGACAGUAUAAAAAAUGAACAUAGCUACGGUGGUAUUACCCAUCAGUUGAUCCGAGGUUUUAGCCAUCCGAUGAGGAAUUUUGCUGUCGCCUUAUUGGAGUUUUCAAACCAAGGCAUUAGCCAAAGAGCAUGCCCAUUAGAAUGUCUGAAAUUUUGUAAAAUGUGCUUAAUGUUUUAAUUAUUUUGACCUAAAAUGAGCGACCCAACUCUAUGUUUAUAGAGUUCAGAGCUGAGGCCUGCUUUCCCAAUAGAUAUGUAGAGGCCAGUCUUUGUGCAACCAGAGGAGUCACCCCUUAGUGGCCAUUAAAAAGAAGGCAGGUUUAAGGCACCUACUUUGGUUGAUGAUAAGACAUCUACACCUGAACUUGAAGUACAAUGGAGGAGGAUGGUCUCAGAAGAAAUGCUUGUAUCCCGGGAUUAAACUAGGCUCAGAGCUGAUUCUCUCACCCAAGCUGCGGUGUGUUGGUCUCACAGCAGAAUAACUAUUAAUACCUGUACGACUCAUUAAAAUCUUUUUCUAAACAACAGGUUUCAUAACCCAGAAAACUUUUUAAAGUUUUCUGUAGAGCAUCUGAUCUUUCCAUCAGUUGCAACGACCUCCCACUCGGUGCUUUUUCGACACCAGGUUACAAAAAUUUGCAAGGUCUGCAAAAACAUUUAAACUGCCCGUAAAGUUUACAGUUCCACCAAAUGCACCACACCAUGUUUCAGAAGCAGCUUUACCCUCAGCCCUCGUUUUAGUGACUCAGUCUGUUAUUUUUUUACGGAAAUCACGUCAUACCAACCAGAGCAGCUGAGGCGGGAAGGAAGCUAGAUGCAAGAACAACAUACAGGGUCCUGUUAGACUAAACAUUCUGCUUUUGAAACUGUUCCAGUGUGAUAAGCCAAAACCACAUAUGAACCCAUUGUAUUCCUGGGUGAAGUCCUCCAGAGGGAGCACAUGAAUGCUGGAAUAGGACCUGGAUAACUGACUCAGAAAAGCUUUAACCGUCUGCAUUUGCAGGUGUUGUUAAGUGUCUUCAAAUCAAACGGCUACUAAAUUUUUAAGUUUUGUUUUAAAACUGUCUAAAUUAACCUCACUGAGCAGUUUCGGUCUUGCCCUGAUGACCACGAAGAUCUAAGCGUAAUUCCUUUGUAGUGAAGGCAGUCUAUAAAAUGAGAGACUCUGCUCCCCAUUAGUUCAAAAGAAUAAAGGCACCUAUCUUAGUGCCAGCAGGUGUGUGACUGAAAGGUCACCGGUUUAUAUCACUGGUCCACCUGGGAGAGGAAAUACGGGCAUUCAUAAAUCUUUCUGUUAACUGCCGGGCAAAAAAACUAAUAAACUAAUGCCUCAAACCGAACAAUGAUGCAUUAUUGUUCUCUUUUAAAUCAUUCUUUAGGGCAAAGCUGAGGAAAGUCAUCAUAAAUUAUUUAUAUCAAAUACAUUAGGCCAUACACAGCCUCUCUGUGCGGUUGAGGAGCUGCUGAAACAUGUAUGUGAUGAAUAUUUUUGCUGGCAGCACAGCUGGUCGACUGAGAGAGGCUGUCUGAACAUCUGAUUUGCUGAAACACAGUGAGCAACAUCCCUGUUGAAUUUGUUUGGUGAAGGCAUAAUUUUAGGAAUGAUAGCAUAAAAGCUCUGUGCAUCAUUUUCCUCCCCCUGACACUGAGAUAUCACAAUCUCUACACUGCAGUUGUCACAUCUGGAUUUAGCACACCAGCCCUCGAGGACAGCUUCUAAAGCAGAAGCAGCUGCUCCACUCAUGACUCCUGCAUCUUUUUUUGGCGAGUGUGUCACUUAGGUCAUAUUUAAACUUUGUUUAAUCAGUAUUUUUAGCACAUUAGCCACUCUAACUCUGGGGAUUGGUAUGUUUGCUGGCUGAUCCACCAUUUUUGGUCCAGACUGAAAUAAUUAGGUUGAUGACUUGCAGGGGGGGCUAAUAGUUAUACAUAAAUUCAAGUCCCCUGAAGUGAAAUCCUGAUUUUAGUGGUCCCUGACUGCUUCACAAGGUUCACUAUGAAGUUUUCUCCUGGUUUAGAGAUUCAAUUCCCCUUUUGAUCUCCUAACUUUCAUCUAGCACCACCAUCAAGUUUAAAUGCAGACAAAAAAGUGGAUGUUUCCCAUGGCUUUAGCUUUGUGUUUGCAUACCGAAACAGUGGACUAACAUGGUGAGCAUGGGUAACCAUGGUUACCUUGGAAAGUGUCUGCCUUUUAGCAGUGUUACUAUGAACAACUAAUUGAUAAAUGUAGAUAACCUACACUGCCAUUCAUUCCAGCAGUGUGCCAACCAUGGGCUGAAAAAUGAAUCCACCGCAAAGUAUUAAACACUGCAGUUCCUUUUAUGGCCACUUGGGGUUGCGUCCAAAAAAAGAACUUGCAGAAUAAAAGGUUUUGGUCUAUAUGCACACAAAACACAAACACUCCAUCCCCACUGUGUGGGCUUCCAGGGACAAUAGCUACAAGAUGACAGUAAUACAAACGAGGAUGCAAAUAGCAGCUGUAUGGAAGGGCAAGCAGGGCCUGUUUUGCUUGCCCUGAUGAAAUGCCACUGCCUUUGGGUGUCAAGAUCAUGGAAAAACCUGAUGUGGGGUUUAGAUAACAGGUUGAGUAGGUAAAGACUGUUUGUGUGCGAUGUGUUACUAAAGCUGUGGGGGUUCCCCUUUUGCAGCUGUUUGGUUUGUUUUAAAUAUGAGUUUAAAUGGAUUAAAGGUGCUGUAAGCCAUGCUGGCAAUGCCAAUAAUCCAGAUGCCACAAGGAUGUCCAAUUUGUCCGUCUGUGUGGCAUAUUUCAGUACCAAUCCAAAUGUAUUGUAUAGUAAUUUUUCAAAGAUACAGCUUCCCACGAAACUGAUUAAUUUCUUAGUGCAUUCUUUUACAUUUUACAAACAAAAGGUCCUGUAUGGAGGAUGAGGUGUGACUCUUCUGGCCCUCUAUAGUAAUAGGUGAUGAAAUAAAAACUUCACUGACAAUGUUUUUCAGGAGAGCCAACAGAUAGUUUCAAAUUAUGAACAUGCAGCUCUGCUCUCAGUUUUGUUGGAAACUGAAGGUGGCGAAAUUAAAUCACAGCUGUAAUUAAAGCGCAGAAAUAGGUCCUAAAUGAAAGGCAGCUCCAUCAGCUUCACUAAUUAAUUAGUUCUUAAAUAGUUAAUUAAAAGGAAGCACACUUACUCAGUGGUUGGCACUGAUCACAUAGCGAGUAGGCUGACUAAGGAGUCUGAGUGCAAGUCGCUCAUUCUGUUUCCUCCCACAGUCCAAAAGCAUCAGAUGAUGGGACUUCCUAGUCUCUUUACUGUUUAUGGGCUGUAUUUAGUGACCAUAUGAGAGUCUCUCAAUCAGUGGAAGUACAACAGAAAUUAAUACACAAGUCAACGUAUUCAUUAAUUAUUUUUUUAAAAAA